UUUUAAAAAAUGAAUACUACAGUCUUUGCUCUUUAAGUUAUUGACGCUUUUUGUGAGAACUGCACGCAUUUGCAAAGAAAGCACAUUUUUAUUGGUAAAACAUCUGAAAAAUGUCCGAGCGCGGGAGGGGUAGAGCUCGCGGUCGAGCAGGACGCGGAGGUGACUCAACCGGUCCUGCUCCUCGUCGCCCUGGAGAACAACCAGGCGCUCCACAGCAGACAGGCCCGCGUCCCCAGCCCCCAGUAGCCUGGGGGGCGCCGACUGUCGCGCCACCUGUUAGAGCUGGUGUGCCAACCCCAACAAUACAAGCUGGCCGAGCUUCACACCGCACUACGCCUACUACACAUGACCACCCAGGCGAUGUGGACAUACAGCAGCGUAUGCAAAAAAUCGACAUUGGCCAGCCAUCUCAAGUACCUGGGGGUGGUGACGCAUCUAGUUCCGUAGUGGGACGCGGCUCUCGACGUGGCGGCGGCAGGGUGCUGCCUGAACAGAUGACGAUACUGCGCACACGUCCCACCACGGUCCAGUCAAAGAAAGGCAGCACAGGAACACCCCUGGAUCUACUUGCAAACUACUUUACGGUACAAACUACCCCACAAUGGAGCCUAUACCAGUAUCAUGUCGAUGUAUCGCCCGAAGAAGACAGCACAGUAGUUCGUAAAGGUCUGCUAAGGGUACAUCAGAAAACUCUUGGAGGAUAUCUAUUUGAUGGCAUGGUCCUAUACACGGUUAAAAAGCUGCAUCCAGACCCUCUGGAAUUGUACUCUGAUAGAAAAACCGACGGUGAACGUAUGCGAAUACUCAUAAAGCUAACUUGUGCAGUGAGUCCAGGAGAUUACCAUUACAUUCAAAUUUUUAAUAUUAUCAUUCGCAAAUGUUACAAUUUGCUACAGCUGCAGCUUGUCGGUAGAGACUUUUUUGAUCCAAUAGCAAAGAUUGAUAUCCCAGAGCACAAACUACAAAUUUGGCCAGGAUAUAAAACCACAAUUAAUCAGUACGAAGACCGUUUGCUCAUGGUGACUGAAAUUACCCACAAGGUAUUGCGCAUGGACACUGUCCUUCAAAUGUUAAAUGAGUAUGCGGCCACCAAAGGGAAUUACUUCAAGAAAAAUUUCUUAGAAGACAUAGUUGGAAAGAUAGUCAUGACUGACUACAACAAACGGACAUAUAGGGUUGAUGAUGUGACAUGGGAAGCAAGUCCUCGCUCUACUUUCAAAAUGAAAGAUCAAACCGUUUCUUACAUUGAUUAUUACUAUAAGAAAUACAAUAUAAGGAUCCAAGAUCCGGGCCAGCCAAUGCUGAUAUCUCGCUCAAAGCCCCGUGAAAUACGCGCCGGCAUGCCGGAAUUGGUGUACUUAGUACCAGAACUAUGCCGCCAAACUGGACUCUCUGAUGCUAUGAGAGCCAAUUUCCAAUUGAUGAGUGCCCUAAGUAACCACACCAAGAUCGGGCCAGCAAUCCGUAUACAAAAGUUGCUCAAUUUCAAUCGUCGUCUCACACAAAAGAAGGAGGUUGUUGAGGAAUUAGGAACAUGGUCGUUGAAAUUGUCUGAGAAUCUUAUCAGAAUCAAGGGACGUCAGCUGCCCGCCGAAAAUAUUAUUCAAGGACGGGAAGCUAAAUACCCUGCUGGAGAUACCACUGAUGGCUGGACGCGCGAUAUGCGAUCGAAACAUCUGCUGUCACUUGCACAAGUACCAUAUUGGGUCGUGCUUUCGCCGGAUAGACUACGACGUGAAGCCGAAUCCUUUGCAGAGCUCAUCAUGAAAACCGGCGGCGGCGUAGGAUUCCGCUUGCCCCAACCAGAAUAUGUUGGCAUCGCACGUGACGGGCACAUGGAUUACGCCAAUAUGUUGGAGAAUGUAAUUGCAAGAAAAAAUCCAGCACUUAUCUUAUGUGUUCUUGGACGUAAUUUUGCUGACAGAUAUGAAGCCAUCAAGAAGAAGUGCACAGUAGACCGCGCCGUGCCUACACAGGUUGUGUGCGCACGCAACAUGACCAGCAAGUCUGCCAUGUCUAUAGCUACGAAAAUUGCCAUUCAAAUUAAUUGCAAACUUGGCGGGGCACCAUGGACAGUAUCAAUUCCAUUGAAAACAUUAAUGGUGAUCGGCUAUGAUGUAUGCCAUGACACUCGUAGCAAGGAGAAGAGUUUCGGAGCCUUUGUAGCAACACUGAACCAACCAAUGUCGCAGUAUUAUUCAAUGGUGAAUGCACACACCUCCGGUGAAGAACUUAGUGCCCAUAUGGGAUUCAAUAUCGCCUCAGCAAUACGAAAAUACCGAGAGAGAAAUGGUGUCCUGCCAAACCCCAUAUUUGUAUACCGUGAUGGUGUUGGCGAUGGUCAAAUACCAUAUGUCCUCAGCCAUGAGGUAGCUGAAAUCAAGAAAAAGUUGAAUGAGAUUUAUGCCGGCGCCGAAUAUAAACUGGCAUUCAUUAUUGUGUCGAAACGCAUUAAUACAAGGAUAUUUGUAGACCGCGGCCGAGGCGGCGAAAAUCCGCGCCCCGGCACAGUCAUUGAUGAUGUCGUUACAUUGCCAGAAAGAUAUGAUUUUUAUCUCGUGUCACAAAAUGUACGUGAAGGCACUAUAGCACCAACAUCAUACAAUGUGAUUGAGGACACAACAGGUCUUUCCCCUGAUCGUAUGCAGCUGCUCACGUACAAGUUGACGCACUUGUACUUCAAUUGCUCCACACAGGUCCGUGUGCCAUCCGUGUGUCAAUAUGCACACAAGCUCGCAUUCCUCGCUGCAAAUAGUUUGCACAACCAGCCUCAUCACUCACUCAGCGAGACCUUAUAUUUUCUCUAAAUUGUUGUUUUUUUUUAAAUUAUAUUUCUUUUGUUAUAAAAUUACAGCUACACUCAAUUAGGUAACGUAAUUAUUAGUUGCCUUUGAUAAAUAUUGAGUAGUACUGACAUUGUUGAUUAGCUAUAGGUCGUCCAUUUGACUUUACUUUAUGCUUAGUAUACCAGAUUGUACCUCAUUUAAAUGUAUUUUUAGUUGCGCUGGUCCUUAUAGUUCUACUAUAAGGGACGAAUUAUUGUUUUCGGACUUUAUGAAGUCAAUCGGACCGAUUUCGGAAUGCCGUUCCCAUAAUCUCUUAUUUAGGUACUUAAAGAAAUUCAAGAAUAACAUUUCAAAAUUGGUCCCAGCAUACGACUAAGUGAAAAUGUGUGAUAACUGCUGUGUAUUCCUUUUGUUAAUUAAUU